CAUACAGAGUCAUAUGGCCAGGUGCUAAUAAAAUCGAAUGAAGUCCAUUAAAUAAUUAACCUUACAGAUAAAAUGUACAAAUGUUGUAAAAUAAUCGAAUAAUAGUCAAUUAUGUACCUUAUCUAAUACAGUUUACGAGUUUUGUUUGUUAAAUAUAACGUUAUAUACAACCAAGAUUUUGUGAUCAACCAAGAAAAAUUUGAAAGAUGACGGAAUUUUAUCGAAUGGAAAUUAAUAAAACUGAGUGGGAUAUACCUGUUCGUUAUAAACAAUUAAGUGCUGUUGGUUCUGGUGCAUAUGGACAAGUUUGCUCAGCUAUUGAUUCACAAACUGGAUUAAAAGUAGCAAUAAAAAAGUUAGCACGUCCAUUUCAAAGUGCUGUGCAUGCAAAACGUACUUAUCGUGAAUUGCGUAUGUUGAAACAUAUGAAUCAUGAAAAUGUAAUUGGAUUAUUAGAUGUAUUUCAUCCGGGUAAAAAUGGUUUAGAAGAUUUUAAUAACGUAUAUUUAGUAACACAUUUAAUGGGUGCUGAUUUAAAUAAUAUUGUACGAACACAGCGACUGAGUGAUGACCAUGUACAAUUUUUAGUUUACCAAAUUUUACGUGGAUUAAAAUAUAUUCAUUCUGCUGGUAUUAUACAUAGGGAUUUAAAACCUUCAAAUAUUGCCGUAAAUGAAGAUUGUGAAUUACGAAUAUUGGAUUUUGGUUUAGCACGUCCAACAGAAAAUGAAAUGACUGGUUAUGUGGCAACACGAUGGUACCGUGCUCCAGAAAUUAUGUUGAAUUGGAUGCAUUAUAAUCAAACUGUUGAUAUAUGGUCAGUUGGAUGUAUUAUGGCAGAAUUAUUAACAGGAAAAACAUUGUUUCCUGGUACAGACCAUAUUGAUCAAAUAACACGAAUAUUUUUUCUGCGUGGUUUACCAUGUGAAGAAACACUCAAUAAAAUUACUAGUGAAGAGGCACGAAAUUAUAUAAAAUCUCUGCCACCGUUAAGAAAACGAGAUUUAAAUGAAGUAUUCCGUGGCGCAUCACCAUUAGCCAUUGACUUACUAGAUAAAAUGUUAGAAUUAGACAGCGAUAAACGUAUAACAGCAACACAAGCAUUAGCACAUCAGUAUCUUGCACAAUAUUCCGAUCCAAGUGAUGAGCCCGAAUCUGCUUUAUAUGAUCAAACAUUUGAAGAUUAUGAUUUACCAGUAGACAAAUGGAGAGAGUUAGUAUAUGAAGAAGUGACUAGCUUCGUACCACCAGUUUCCAAUCAACUGGAAACCGAUAAUGGUGAAUCAUAGGUAGUACUAAUUACUGGUUAAUUAGUUUUGUAUUUACUUUAAAGUAAAAUUCCAAUUAUGUUUGUUAUUUUUUGUUUUUGACCUAUUAAAAAGAUAAAAAAUGGUCGCAC